UAGGAAGUCUGGGUAGGACAUUAGUAGGUCAGCCAUAUUGUGUGUGCCAGUUCGGUCUGAAGGAGAGAGAGCAUGAAGGGGUUGCGGGGAAUUAGUCACUUAUCGAGGCGCUUCUAUGCGGCAAGGGGAGGCAAGCAGUCUCUGAGUGAGCCUUUGGCUGGCCUCAAGGUUUCUCCACGUGCCAGCCACUCUUUCCAGGAUGUCCAUGUCACAAAAUUGCCCAGUGGUUUGGUGAUUGCUUCCUUGGAGAACUAUUCCCCUGCUUCCAAGAUUGGUGUGCUCAUCAAGGCUGGCAGUCGAUAUGAAACCCCUGACAACCUUGGCGUCACUCACUUGCUCCGCCUGUCAGCCAACCUGACCACCAAGGGUGCCUCUGCGUUCAGGAUUACGCGUGGCGUGGAGGCCGUGGGUGGCAGCCUGGGUGUGACAUCAUCCAGAGAGAACAUGAUCUACUCUGUGGACUGCUUGAGAGACCACAUGGACACAGUCAUGGAGUAUCUGAUCAAUGUGACCACUGCUCCAGAGUUUCGCCCAUGGGAGGUGUCUGACCUUACGCCACGGGUCAAAGUAGAUAAAGCCCUUGCUUCCCAGACCCAACAGAUAGGUGUGAUUGAAGCUCUUCAUGCUGCUGCAUACAAAAAUAACCUGUCCAACUCCCUGUACUGCCCUGACCACCGGGUGGGCAAGGUUACCUCAGAAGAGAUGCAUGCGUUUGUUGAGAGCAACUUCACAAGUGCCAGGAUGGCUCUGGUUGGACUGGGAGUGGACCAUACAAUUCUGAAGCAGGUUGGGGAGCAGUUCCUGAACAUCCGUAGUGGAAUGGGAACUGCUGGCUCUAAGGCCCAGUAUCGAGGAGGCGAGAUGAGGCACCACGGGACCAGCAGCCUGGUGCACGCGGCAGUGAUGAGCGAGGGCGCCACGACGGGCUCCGCUGAGGCUCUGGCCUUCAGCGUCCUGCAGCAUGUGCUGGGCGCUGGGCCCCACGUCAAGAGGGGAUCCAACACCUCCAGCAAGCUGACCCAGGCUGUCUCCAAGGCCACUGCUGGUCCCUUUGAUGUUUCUGCUUUCAAUGCGAACUACUCAGACUCUGGUCUCUUCGGAGUCUUCACCAUUUCCCAGGCAGCUGAGGCUGGUGAUGUGAUCAAAGCAGCGUUAGGUCAGGUUAAAGCUGUGGCCGAAGGAGGCGUGACUGCAGAAGAUAUCAGCCGUGCCAAGAAUCAGCUGAAGGCCCAGUAUCUGAUGUCCCUGGAGACCUCCGAGGGCUUGUUGGAGGCCAUCGGCACUCAGGCCUUGGGAGAGGGCACUUACCACACCCCGGAAGUAAUGUCCCAGAAAAUUGAUGCUGUGUCAUCAAAUGAUGUUGUCAAUGCUGCGAAAAAAUUUGUUGCUGGCAAGAAAUCAAUGGCAUCCAGUGGACACUUGGCGAACACACCCUUUGUGGAUGAAAUUUAAUCUGCAACCUUUAUUCCCUAAUAUUUAUAAACUGAAUGGCAAACAACUGUCCUUCAGCCCAUGUAAAAAGCAACAAAAAUGGUUUUCAUUCUCACGGCCACAUUGUUCAAACAGAAUAACUAUUGUCUGAACAAAAUAACUGUAUUUGUGUCAACAAUCAGUCCUCAUGGUUGUAUUAUUUUUGUAAUGUGGACAAGGAAGUGGAGAGCAGAGGGAUCUGUGGUCUUUAAGAUUGUAUAGCUGAUGUAAAUGAAUAAAAUCUCUACUGGA